AUGACGACGCUCACCGUCUAUUUUGCUUCGUCGCCCGGAUUAUCAACAGCAGUAACUACAUCAACGACAUCAACACUCACUACAGCGAUUCCAAGUAUUCGGCCAAUUCCAAAACUAACACAAUCAUUACCGAGAAUGUCACCGCAACAUAUAACUUCGCCAAAAACAAACGUAAUGAAUCGUUCACCGCCGCUCAAUCGAAAGUCUUCGAAACGCAACAAAACAUUUUUUGAGAGAUUCAGUGAAACAUCAUCCUCUGCGCUCAUAUCAAAUCCUCAAUCUCCACCCCAUCAACAACAAGCGCAACAACAACAACAACAACAACAGCAACAGCAAAUAACGGAUGCAUCUAAUCCAUCAUUGGAGCCCGCACCACGACUACGUCGAAGAUUUACAUUUCGUCGUAGUCUACGCCAUUCAGUUCACAACAAAGGAGGAGAAACUGAUGAUGGUAUAAGUUUUGAUGUGGAUGGUUCAUCAACAUCAGCACGUGGUGUUCUCAAUUCCCAUCAUAAUGUCUCAUCGACAUCACCACACAACCAACCAUCCGGUACAACUAAUACAACGAGUAAAACGGCAACCGGCACAACAAAUAGUACUGGAAUGCAUCGACGCGAAUCAUUUUUGUAUAAAUGCGACAGUGACAAUGAUCUUUCACCGAAAUGUAUUUCGCGCAAUCCGUCCAUUGGAUCUGAAUUGUAA